AUGGCCGACCUCCUGAAUAUGAUCAUAGGGAAGAGGCUAACGCCCGACGAACAGGUCAGGAAAUGGAGAUCAGACAUGCGCUCCCAAGAACGAGAAAUAGAUAAACGCAUACGCUCCAUCGAAACUGAAGAAGCCAAAAUCAAACGAGAUAUUAAAGCAGCUGCAAAGCGAAAUGACACCACAUCAUGCCGAAUCCUCGCCAAAGAAGUUGUGAGAGCAAGAAAGGCUAAAGAAAGAAUGUAUACUUCAAAAGCUCAGAUGAAUUCAGUUGUUAUGCAGUUACAACAGCAAGUUGCUAUGGUCAAAGUCGCUGGACAUUUACAAAAGAGUACAGAAAUGAUGAAACUUGUAAAUAAGCUGGUCAAGCUGCCGGAAAUAAGUAAAAAUAUGGAGGAAAUGCAACGAGAGAUGAUGAAGGCUGGCAUCAUUGAAGAAAUGAUGAAUGAUGCGAUUGAACUGGGUGAUGACGAUGGUAUAGAAGAGGAAUCGGAUGAGAUAGUAGAUAAGGUUCUAUUCGAAUUGACGGAUGGUCUUCUCGGACAAGCAGGUUCAGUCAAGCAGGAUGAACCAGACGAAGUGGAAGAAGAACCAGCAGAAAAGGUCAUGGCUGCUCGCCUCAAAGCUCUGAAAGCAACAACGUGA